AUGCGGCUCGCGCGAACGGCGCCCUCACGGAUCGGCAUUUCGGCGUCCCCCUCGGGGUACGGGGAGGUGGAGUCUGUGUUACGCCUGCCGGCUGGCCUCCGACGUCGGCGGUCGGCGGGCAUCAGGGCCCGGCCCCACGUCGAGAGGAGCGGUCGCCCGGCCGGCGCCGCGGCUCAGGGCUCGGGGGCCGCCGGGCGCCGUCGGUCCUCCCCCGCCCUCGGUGGACUCGUCGCUCGCUCGUGCACCGCCCUCGCGGAGGCCCCCCUGACGUCGGCUUCCGCAGGCGCACUCGCCCUACCUGCGGCGGCGGGGCCGACGCCAAAUGGCUGGCGGGCGCGCGACCGCUCAGCGGCUCCGGUCGGCAGGAGCCCGCGAUGCUCGCCGACGUCUUGCGGGUGGUCUGGGAUGGAAAGGCCCAGCCUCCCUUUCCCGCCUCGCGGCAGUCGCCGAGUGUCGUCGGCGCUGUCCGCAGUCGGCCAGCUUCCCGUCGGGGGGAGUCGAGGCGGAGGCGGCAGGUCGCGCUCGGGCCGAUCCCCCACAGUGACCCCCUCGGUCGGCGGGAACUGA